AGUUCCAAGUUUCAGGUUCAGCUUUUUCUCUCUCUCAUUUUCCGUCUUUUUCAAUUUUUCUCUGUUGUCCCUUCUUCUUCCUCUACGAUCCAAGACCGAAACCGAAACCCGCGAUUACCCUCACUGAUCGAUCUCCUUGUAAAACCUCAAAAUUCCCCCAAGCACGCUUAUUACGUUUUCUCGCUUCUCUUCUCUAGGGUUUCUACGAACCACUUCCCAAUCCAAAGCUAUAUAUGCUUUUGUUUCCACUUCCAACUGCUAUUCACCAUUGAUUCAUUUCCCGAGAACAAAGGCCUUUCAAUUGGCUUGAAUGACCGUGUGGCAGCAACCUGGCUAUGACUUCAAGCAUGUUGGGCGGAGAGCGAAGGUGGGCCUCUUCCAAAAGAGGUGGUAUGACUGUGUUAGGGAAAGUUGCAGUUCCAAAACCUAUCAACUUACCCAGUCAGAGGUUAGAAAAUCAUGGUCUGGAUCCAAAUGUGGAUAUUGCUCCCAAAGGUACCCUCAGCUGGGGUAGUAAAUCAUCUUCUUCUGCAUCAAAUGCAUGGGGCUCUUCUUCUCUUUCUCCAAAUGCCAAUGGUGCUACUAGUUCACCCAGCCACCUUAGUGCCCGUCCAUCAUCUGGUGGAAGUGGCACGCAGCCUUCAACUUCUGGUAGUAGUGAUAUGGCUCUUGAACUUGCUACUAAUGCAUGGGGGUCGGGGUCAAAUUCUCGGCCCUCAUCAGCAUCUGGGGCACUGACACCAAAUCAAACUUCACCGACAUUGCGUCCUCGUAGUGCAGAGACAAGACCUGGUAGCUCACAGUUGUCUCGAUUUGCAGAACAUGUGACUGAAAAUUCAGUGGCUCGGAGUGCUGGUAGGACUACGGAGAAACUGGGAGUUACACAAUGCAAGAAUGAUGGAUUUUCUUUGAGUUCUGGAGAUUUUCCUACUCUUGUUUCUGAAAAGGACAAGUCUGUACUGAAUUUCGAGUUGCAAGACCACAGUUCUCAUGCUCGCCCUGGCUCAUCUUCUGGAAUUGGGAAAAAGAAAAAUGAGUCCUCAGCCGUUGACGAUGUUCCUGUGAAUGCAAACUUGAAGGGUGAAACAGAAAAUUCUUGGAGAAGAGACUAUCAGGCAUUCAACGACGAUGGUGAGAGGCCUGGAAUAGAGAAAUGGAAGGGGAAUCCCCAGCCAUACCCUAAUGCUGGUAUUCCUCCUCAGUACUUUGAUGCUUGGCAUGGUGCUCCAGUAAAUAACCAUCAAGGUGAUGUUUGGUUUAGAGGUCCACCUAAUGGUCCUCCAUUUGCAAAUCCUGUUGCUCCUGGUGGCUUUCCAAUUGAACCAUUUCCAUAUUAUAGUCCACAUAUUCCGCCUACUGGUCUUGCCAACCCCCCUCAAGUUCCCCCUCCUGGGACUGGACCCAGAGGGCACCAUAAGAAUGGAGAUGUCUACAGGCCUCAUAUGCCUGAUGCUUACAUUCAUCCAGGUAUGCCUCUUAGACCUGGUUUUUAUCCUGGACCAAUGGCCUAUGAAGGAUAUUACAGUCCUCCGAUGGGCUAUUGUAAUUCAAAUGAACGAGAUGUUCCAUUCAUGGGAAUGGGAGCUGGACCCUCUGUUUUUAUUAGGUACUCAAAUCAACAUCCACCUGAGCCUGGCAAUUCACAAGGUAGAUCUGGUGGAUAUGGUCCUGCUGGAAAGCCAUUAGCCUCAGAGCUGGUGGAAUCCAGUUAUUCUCCUGAUACUGUCAGACCAUGCAGAGUUCUUCUUAAGCAACACGACGAGUGGGAUGGAAAAAAUGAACCAACCAACUGGGAGGACUCAGUGACAACCAAUGCAUCAUGUGUCAAUGGAAGGAACCAACCACAAAUGUCAGCUGGGGAGAAUGAGCUUAGAAGGGACACGAUGGAUUUGAGGAGGACAAGUGCUCACGGUGAAGAAGCUUCUUAUCAGACUUUGAGAAAUCAAGGAUCUAGUUCUUCUGUCAUUAAUGCCAAGUCUCUCGAAAGUAAAGGAAGCUUUAAUAAAUUUGAUGAUAUUUCCGCAAGGAAAUUGGAUGGUGUAGCCUCUAAUGUUCUAGAAAUUCCCUCAAGUCCAUCUGCCCCUAAAGACUCCUCUCUGAUGCAGAAGAUAGGGGGUUUAAAUGCAAAAGCCAGGGAUAAUUCAUCUACUAAAAGUAAAGAGGAGCAACGGAGUAAAUUUCAUGCUGGUAUUGCUUCGGCAAACCAUGUGGAAAAUGAAGUUAGUGCUGGUGUUCUGUUUCCUGAGACAACCCAUGCCACUGAAGUCAUGAUACCAACCACUCGUGGAGUGGGUACUUCUGGUGGAGAAAAGAAUUUUGAAUCAUUAUCUUUCAGUGGAACAGCCAGAUCCAGGAAAAUUGCUAAUGGCAUGCAAGGUAGAGGCAAUCAUGGAAAUAAGGGAAGACUCAAUAAUCAAGAUGCUGAUAGUCUGCGGAAAAAAUCUGAAAAUAUAUAUUCUUCAACUUCAUCAGGUGCACAGUUGGAGGCAUCUAACAUUCUUGUUGGGGACCAUCAAAUAUCUGUUGAUGCCUACGAAAGGUCUGGGUCUAAUAGGCAAGCAAGGCGCAAUGGAAAAUCUAUACAAACCUUGUCUGAUCCAGUUGACGGCCAUGCACAGCAUGCUAAAAUAAAAGAGUUAGUCAAGCAACAAACUAAGCAGCGACAGGGGGAAGAGGAGGAGCAAAAUAGAAAGCAAAAGGUUAAAGCUCUUAUGAAGUUGGAUGAGUUAAAGAGGUGCUCUCAAGCAGUGGAAGGGUCAAUACAUAAAGAGCGUGCUACAAAUUCUGCCCUACAGAAUAAUCAAGUGGGAUUUCAAACUUCAGAGUCAGGAACUAUAUUGGACAAAUCUGAAGCAGUCACUCCAUCUGUAAUGUCUAAUGCCAAUGUUGUAUGUCAGACAAGUAAUACCAAUAUUAACAAGGUUGAAAACCCACCCAUCUCGUCUAGUGCACCACCUUUAGAGUUGCUAAAGAAUGCUGGCAAAGAACCUGUUCUGAAUCAUAAUCAAUCAGUGACCUUAUGCCAGGAUUUUAGUUGUGCUGAUGCCACUAAUGCUUUACUGGUUCACAACAAUGUUGCCUCAAAGCAGAGAAGAACUGGCUAUAAACAAAAGCAGAAUCUUUCUUCAGAGAAAACUUCGAAUGUGAAGGUUGUUUCUACCACCACCUCAGCUGUCUCAAAAGUUGAGAAUGACACAAUGGCUUGUGCUACUGUAUCUUCUGGCGUUGUUACAAAUGCAGCUAGCUCAGGCUUACCCAUGAAUUCAACUUCCAUGGUUGAGUCUUCUAUAAACCAAAAAAAGAAGAAUAACAAAAACAAACACAAAGUUGAAGAAACUUCAUCUUUGUCUGCAUUACUGUCAGCAAUACCAAAGGAAGCCAUGCUUUCCAAAAGCUCUGCUGAAAGUAAUAAACCCAAGGAAGACUUCGAAUUAGAACAGGGAUCGCUUCAGCCAGCAUCCUUGUCUAAAGAUUUGAAUCUGUAUUCUGAGCAAAAUAGAUAUUUAGCAAAUGAAGAAUCCCAUGGUAGAAUGAAUACCCAGUUGAAAUCACAGCAUUCUCGUAGGAUGCCAAGAAGUAUGCAGGCUAAUAGACAAGCAGAGAAAUCCCAUGGGAGUGAUGCUGUGAUGUGGGCACCUGUUAAACCACAGAACAAGACACAGAUCCUGGAUGAAUCAAGUGAGAAAAGUAAUCUUGAGGUAAUUAUUCCUGUAAAGAGUGAUCAGCAGGUGCAUAAUCUAAAAAAUAAGAGGGCAGAAAUGGAGAGAUAUAUUCCAAAGCCUGUUGCAAAAGAAAUGUCUCAGCAAGAAAGUUUACAACAAGUGGUGUCAUCAAUAAGUCAGGCUCCCACAGAUGAGAGUGUUGAACGAGUUGAUUCUGGUUCUCAAGGCCCCCAGACCACUCGGCAUACUAAUCCAGCUGUUGGAAAAGUGGGUUUUGGAAGGAAUUCUAAAACUGGAAAUGGCAGGCGGACUAAGCAGGGAAAAGCAAAUGGAUCAUGGCAGCUACGGAAUCCGACGGAAUCAACUGAUAUUCAUGACAUGCAGGAUGGAGUAAAUCAUGGUUCAAACUCAGAUCAAAAUACUCAGAUAUCAAUGGAAUGUCAGCAAGCCCAGCUGUCUGAAACAAGCUUGUUGAAAGGACAAACAAAGCAUUUUAAUGAUUCUGAUGAACCUUAUGGUUCAAACAAUCCUGACAAUUGUGAUUCAGCUGCUCUGGUUUCCAUUCCUAUUAAAGAUCUUGUAGCAAUGGACAAGGAGAGACAGGUUCCUUUCAAAGGACCCAAGGAGGGCACAGGGGUGAACCAUGAUGUUGAUCAGAUGAAAAAUGCAGGGGACAGAGAGAAAAAUGAAAUGCUUUUCUCAUCCUCCGAGCACAAUCAACUAGAUGUUGGUGCUGCUUUUCCGGAAAAUCAAAGUGUUGGAGAACGUAUGACAUCUCACUGGCAACCCAAAUAUCAGACAUCAAAUAAUCAGAGAGGAAACAAACCCAAAGAUCAAAAUGUUGGUGCAUGGGUUGAUCGAGUUAACAAGGAGGAGUCUACUGCUCAUGUUGGUGUAUCAUUUCUGGAUGGCUGUGGCAAGGAGUCUAAAGCUCUUGUUGCCCAACACCCGCACGACCAAUCAGUCCCUGGAAAGAGCAAGGUUGGAGAAGCUCCAAAUUUAGGGAAAUCAGAGACUAAUAGAGAGAAGAGAAAUGCUCCACCAAAAGGUUGUCCGCACUCCCCAAAUCAGGUAGUUGGCUCGAAUGGGCAGGCUCCAACAAGUAUGAAUCUUGGGCAUGAACAGCGCCCAUCAUCUGGGUUUCACAAAAAUGGAAACCAAAAUCGUUUUGGAAAGGGACAUGAAUCUCAAGGAGAUUGGAAAUCACCUGCGCAAGAUAACAGACAUCAUCAUAACCAGCCUACAAACUGGGAAAGACAAGGUCCAAACUUGCAUCAUCAGUACCGCCGUGUUGUGCCAUAUGAUGACAGCAAAUCAGGCAGCCUUGAACGACCUAAAGAUGGUAGUUACCCCGUCGGAGGAAGAUUUAGGGAGAGAGGUCAAACUCACUUAAGAGGAAGUGGGGGAAGCUUUUCUGGACGCUAGUUAGAGUGGUGUUUUUGAUUGGAAGCUGUUGAUAGAGUAGUGAAUAGACUCCAAGAUGGUCUCUGUGUUCCAUCAGAAGCCAUGCAUACGUUUACUACUGCGUUGGUUAGCGAUAUUAAGGUACAUGUAGUCUUAGGUUUAGAGUUUUUUAGGGACUGGGGGAUAGGAAUAGUUUGAUUGCUAGUGCCCUGUGCUUUAUUAUUUUACUUGUGUAUCUGAUGAAAAUAGUAAUUUGAUGGCAUUUUGUUUUUAAUCGAUCCCUUGAAAUGUUUCGUCGAGCCUAGUACCACCUUGUGAACACGACGGAACCAGAGAGAAUUUUAGGUUUUUCGUUUGCCGUUGUGCAAUUGAACCACAGAGCUCUAUUUAUUUCCCCCG